AUGGGAGCCACAAAAUUGACCCAUGUGACCACCAUUAACCCUAAUAACACCAACAUUCAUGGACCGGUCGUAGACGAAGUAGAAGGCCUUAUUAGAGUUUACAAAGACGGCCACGUGGAACGAUCUCCAAUCGUGCCGUGUGUUGGUCCCUCACUACCCCCCGAGCUCGGUGUGGCUUGCUCCGAUGUUCACAUAGACAAGUUGAAGAACGUAUGGGCACGUCUCUAUCUCCCGAUGAUGACCAAAUCUUCGUCGGUCUCUAAGCUCCCUUUACUUAUCUACUUCCACGGUGGAGGUUUUUGCGUCGGCUCGGCUUCUUGGUCGUGUUACCACGACUUCUUAUCUAGAUUGUCCGCUCGCUCGCAGUGCUUGGUCAUGUCCGUAAAUUACCGUUUAGCCCCUGAAAACCCUCUUCCGGCAGCUUAUGAAGAUGGAUUCAAUGCAAUUCGUUGGCUCAACAAAUCAAGAAACGAUAACUUGUGGUCCAAGUUAUGUGACUUCGACAGAAUAUUCUUGGCCGGAGACAGCGCCGGAGGCAACAUCGCGCACCGUAUCGCUGCCGCAGACGAUUCGGAUGUCCAAAAGCCGAUGAAGAUUGAAGGAACGAUCCUGAUCCAGUCUUUCUUCGGCGGGGAGGCGCGUACGGAGAGUGAGAGGCGCGUGGAGAACAACAAGAGCUCGGUUUUGUCACUGGCUGCGUCCGACGCGUGGUGGAGGCUGGCUUUGCCACGUGGCGCAAACAGAGAGCAUCCGUAUUGUAAACCGGUGAAGAUCACGACGAGGACGCUGGUGUGUGUGGCGGAGAUGGAUUUGCUAAUGGACAGAGACAUGGAGAUGUGCGAUAAUAUUGGUAAUGAGAAGCUGAUCAAGCGCGUGGUGUACAGAGGCGUUGGUCACGCGUUUCAGAUUCUUGGCAAGUCUCAGCUUGCUCACACGACAACUCUAGAGAUGUUAUGCCACAUCGACGAUUUCAUCAACCACUAUGAUCACUUUAAUUAG